AUGUCUGGCUAUGCCACUCGCUCACGCAAUGGCCAGCUGAACUAUUGUGUCCUUGCUGGUAUUCAAGCUGAAGGUCAGAAGCCUCGUCGCACUUCUGCUCAGGUUGUAGAAGAGCGUCAGCAAGUAGAUGCUCGGCGUCGUGAAGCCGAAGUUAAGAGGCAGGCAGUAGCUCAGCGGAUUGCCGAGCUCGAGGAGGAGAUGGCCCAUCAGGAUGUGGAUGACCACGAGGAUGCUGGACGUACAUUGGCAUCCUUCACAGGCUUCCGUGCUGGGCCUAGCACUGCGGCAGAUGUUGACGCUGCGGGUCUUCGCGAAGGGAACAGAAUUGGGGCUAAUGGCGGUAAGGCCAAAAAACUUUCACAUGCUGAUGUAGAGGCGGCACACAAGAGGAAGGAGGUGACCACAGUUGUCAAGAAAGUGGGACAAGGGAAGGAGAACAGAGCCCCAGUUAUUGGAUCUACAGCACUGGCGGCGACGCGCAAGCGCAAGGCUGAGUUGCAGGAAGUCGUGGGUGCCACAGAACAUCAUGUGAAGAGGUCAAAAGCUACUCACACUGGAGUUCGGUCAACGUGGACACCGCAUUCAUCAAAGAACACUACCUCGACCACUGCCAAGGUGAAGACGUCUGCAGCCUCCAACGGAGCAAGCAUGGGGGGUAUCAUCGUCAAUGCUGGAGCAACCCUGGUAGAGGACUCUGACGAAGAUGAUCUGGUGGAACGUGUAGCUGUAGGUGAUGGCAAAGCUAUACACCCUCACACGACAUUGGGUGUUGUCGAAAUCAAUCCCAGAGCUCGAGCAGUGGACUCUCAGCCUGUAGAGCGAGGGCCAGUCAUUGCCGUUCGUCACCCCAAUGGCAGCAGGAAGUUCACAAACACCGAUCUCCCAAUCCCAAGUGCAUCGAUGUGGGUAUGGCAUCACCAGCUGAUUCUGCGUUACCUGGAAACCUUGGGCGAAUCCGCUUCAAAUCCGUGGAACUUUACAGGCUUUGACUUGGUCGCCAUCCUGCAAGAGUUGUGGGAUGAGUUCUUCCCAGAUAUCCCGCUCGUCGUCGUGCCUCGUGAGCCAGUCUAUGACAUUGCUCAACAGAAGGUGUACGAGUGGAGAUACAGCAUAGCGAAGGCAGGUGUUGCUGCCGUUUCUGCAUUCUUCGAGGACGAGGACAAUGGACUGGUGACAGAGGAAGAGAGGGCCGCGUACAUUCGUUAUGUCAUCGGGCCCAAUUUGCCAUUUCGGUAUGCUGGUGCGACAAUGAAGGGUCAGAAUGGCAAAGCCCCGAGAGUCUCCGUGAAGGGUGCAUUCCAGUCAACGUACGUGCUGCGUACGCUUGGAUGCCACUUCGCAGCUACGAACUGUGCUCUUGAUUCCAAUGAGCCGCCUUGUGCUGCGCUUGGCUUAUGUCUUGCCUCCGUUGAGCAUGCCUUGAGGCAGUAUGAGAGUGGCGUGUUCAUAAAGACUGAUCAGAAGUUUUCUCAGGAUAUCCAUGGCCGGUCGACCGACUACUACAUGCUCUCGAUCGCGAGCCUGAGGGAAGCGACCUGGAACAAAAUUAUAAAUGCCGCUGCACCUUUGGCACGCCUGUCAAGUAUCAUGCCCGCUGACCUUGGUGGUGAUGAGUGGGAUGAAGUCGUUGAUGCCGAGCAUGGCAAUAUUGACGAUGAAUCCGCCAGUGACGGCGACAUGGAGAUUUAA